CCCUGGACCUCAUCCCUGCCAGAACCUCUUGUUAGUUCAAAGUCCAUCCACUCCCCUUUUACACUCCCGCCUGUCGGGCUGUGCAUCAAGCCUCACUCGGCCCCGUCUAUCCAAACCCAUCCCUCUUGCAUCUGCCUGUCCUCAUACCAUUUUGCCCAUCGCUCCUCCUGUUCCGGCGCACUGACAUUGUCCAUCAAGUAUCCCACCCACAAGGUCAACCAUGAAUCCCAGCGGAUACUCCAAACAUGUCUUCCAGCGGCUGCCGGGCAUCUGGCUCAUCUGCACCCUGCUCAUCUCCUCGAUCGGUCCCUACUUCACCCCUCAACUCUUUGUUGCAAUCUAUCUCUUCCUGCAAGUCAUCUUUGUCCUGAACGGCCUCCGCACCGCCUGGGCCAUGAUCGCAAUCUACUUUGCCUCGGUCAAGCACUCCAAGACCGACUGGUACCAGAAGUAUCUGGCCGAUGCCCCCCAGUCGCCCGAGCCCGCGCCGACUCCCAGCCCUACUCCGCCACUUCUGGUCUUGGCCGAUGCUCAGAAGCCCGACUCGACCGACUUGGUCGACACCAGCGCCUCUGUCUCGAGUCCCUGUACCGCUCUCCCCGAGAAGGACCUCGACUCCGACGCCUCCAGCUCUGACGGCUCGGCUGUGACUCUGGUCGAUUCCAAACGCAACUCCAGAUUCUAUCAAGUGCGACAUGUCAUCAUUAUUCCGAACUACAAAGAGGACAUUGGUACUCUGACCGAGACCCUCGACGUCUUGGCAAGUCACACCAUCGCUAAGGCUCAGUACAAGAUCUGCCUCGCCAUGGAGGCCAGCGAGUCGGGGAGCGAGCUCAAGGCCAACGAUUUGAUUGCGGCCUUCAGGAACAAGUUCCUGUUUAUCGACUUUACACAGCAUCCCUCGGGCCUUGUCGGCGAAAUCCGUGGCAAAUCGAGCAAUGUUUCGUGGGCCGCCCGCCAGAUGAGCAUCAAGAUCGAAGACCGCAACGACCAUGUCUACACCGUCAUGGACGCCGACACCUGCUUCACUCAAGACUAUUUCAUGGCUAUCAACUACCACUUUGGCAUCGCUCCCCAGGAGAAGCGGAACCGCAUGAUGUUUGCAACCUCGGUUGUCUUUGACAGAAACGCCAAGGACAUCCCCUUCAUCGUCCGAACCGCCGACAACAUGUGGGCCAUCGGCGGCAUCUCCAAUAUGUACCAAGGCUCGAGCACAAAGAUCCCCACCUCGGCCUACUCGGUCUCGAUGAACCUCGCCCGGUCGGUCGACUUCUGGGACGUCGGUCCCGAAGCCAUCGGCGAGGACAUGCACAUGUACGCAAAGUGCUUCUUUGCCACGGGUGGCUCGCUGGAGAUUGUCGGCGUCUACUCCCCGGCGUCGCAGUGCAAUAUCGAAGGCAAACACUGGUUCUCGACCCUCUGGGCCCGGUACGGCCAGAGCCGUCGCCAUCUUUGGGGAUCGCUCGACACCGGCUAUGUCCUCGAGCGCACCUUCAACCACAUGUAUCGCUACCUCACCGGCAAACAGAUUGCCAUCGACAUCGAAAACCAAGUCUCGCCGUCGCAUUUCCCCCUGCUCACCUACCUCGACAUGGUCUAUCGCAUCCUCGAGCUCCACGUCUUCUUGAUCCACAUUGUGCUGGUGAUGCUGAUCACAAGCGUGAGUCUGCCCAACAGCACAGUCGGUUCGCUCUUCUUCUCUCGCCUCAGCAACCCACCCACCCUCGAUAGCUACGUCAUGACCUGCGUCAACAUUGCCGGGAUGAUGCGCAACGUUGCUAUGGCGCCCUUCGUCCUCACCAUCAUCGUCUUUGAGUUCUACCACCACUGGAUCGCCAUCGGCCGCUGGAAGCACGCUGCCCAGUCCACCGGCAACGUCCAAUACCUCGGCAAGCGGUCCCAGUUUGUGUCGACUCGCAGCCUCCUCAAUCUCCUGGACUGGAUCGCGCUUCCCGUCAGCGGUGUUCUCUACGGCGUGCUGCCGGCCCUGCAAGCCAACAUUUCGCAUUUUUGGACCAACAGUCUCGAGUACAAGGUCGCUGGCAAGCCCGUUGCGUCGAUCGCCUUGCCCGUAGGCUCGUUGGAAAAUGAAUCGCUGGCAACAGCACCAGCGUCAACAUCGCCAGAAGCCCCGGUGACGCUGGUCAUGACGGCUGCGCCGGCUGCCUUGGCUUCAUCCGAAGACAAGUCAUAGAGCCCCCUUUCCGAGGGCUUCUCUGAGGGCGCUGCUGCUUUACAGGAUCCCCUAUUGGCAGCCCCUCGGGCUUUUCUGGCGGCCACCACCGGUGUCUCGGACCCUGUCC